GCUGUUUUCUAUGUGAAAUCUAUGUAGAUGACUGUGAAUGAAGAAAGCGUCAUAAUUUAGCAACCUGUGCUGCCAGCUGCACUUACCUGACGCCAGUUUUAAUGGUAAUGCAUGCAAGGAAACUUCCAAGACUCAAUGAUGGGUAUGGUGAUAAAAAGGAAACCCAUCUGUAUCAGGGCAUGCAGUACCCAUAUACAAUCACCAGUCGCUGUGAAAAGCUGCGAAGCUCCCCCGAUGACGACAGGACAAGAGAUGACAGCCCCAGAAGUCGUCAUAGUCCCCGAUAUCAGAACAAGACCACUUAUAUUGAAAGAACUAAGGAAAAACUGGAAAGAGGCUCCACUGACUCACCUACAUCAGAUAGGAGACUCAACCAUUAUUCAUAUACCAGUAACAAUAAAAAUAGCAGUAAUCACCAAAAUCAUGAUAAAAAUCAUAAAAAUGAUAAGGAUAUUAAAGAACAGAAAGAAAAAGACCAUAAAGCAGAGGUACAAAAGUCCGCAGUGCGGGUGUUUGGUGAUUGGUCAGAACACAUUAGCUCUUCGGGUAAAAAGUACUAUUAUAAUUGUAAGACAGAAGUAUCACAGUGGGAAAAACCUAAAGAAUGGCAUGAUAUGCCGAACAAGGGAACAGAUAACAAGUUACAAGAAAAUAAAGCUCCAAGCAAGCACAAUGCCAAUUUACAUAGUAAAUCAUUUCCAGCCUCAGAUGACAGAAUCAAACAUUCCAGUGUUGGAGAAAAAUUUGAUAAACACCAUAAGGUCAGUUUACAUCAAUCAUCAAAAUCAUCAGACAGAUCAUUAUCUGAGAAAAUUAAAACUGGACCGCCUAAAGAUUUGCAAGAUGUUGUUGCACAGAGGACUAGCCAGUGGGUUCAAAAAGGCGGACAGUUGCAAGAGACAUCAAUCAAGGAUAAUUUUCGCAAGGAUAAUACUCAUGUUCAUAAUUUCGAUAAUACAGGAGUUAAGAGACAACGACGGGACAGUGAAGGUAGUAGAUCUCUUGGACCUAGCACACCAAGGAAACUGGAAGAACUUAACAGAGAAACCUCAAUAACAAAAGUAAAAGCAUUACAAACUUUACAGAAAUUACAAGAGGCCAUAUCUAGGCAGCUGUCCAUGAGUACACAGCAUACCACAGUUUUAUCUCCCAAAAUAGUAAUUCCUCAUGCUGAUACCUCACCUCAACAGUCUCUGAAAUCACCAACACUGAGUACAGAUAGCUCACAUCUCCCUCCAGUGAAUGUGAAUCCACCACCACAUGAAGAAGAAUCGGGGAAGGAAAGUCCACAUUCAGAAAGAAGUGAGAAAACUGAAAGUCCUACUCCAAGUACCAGCAGUUCAAAAGAGCUACCUGUAGGACCAAGUGCACUCUCAGCUGUUUCUGAAAAGAAAGACUUGUCAGUAGAACUCCCACCUUCACUUAGCAAUUACUGUAAUGACAAAUUAAUUGGUCAUGUACAAGGCUGGCAGACAGAACAUGCAGAGAGACAGGCCAAACGCUAUUGGGAAGAAGGUCUAACGGUUGGCAGCCUGGAAUGUAGCCAAGUGUCAGUUGAAUUAAAACGAGCUAGAUCAUUAGUUAGGAUAGCUGAAAUACAGUCCACUCUACAUGAACAAAGGAUUUUGUUUUUAGCACAACAGAUAAAAGAAUUAGAGAACUUAAAAAGUCAGCCUCCCUCCUAUUUGUCCUCAGAUUAGCCAAGUGGGAACAGGCUUUUGGUUGUACUUGUCUUUCAUUGUGUGCCUGUAUUUCAUGAGCAUUCAAUUUCUCAUCAAAUCAAAAACUACACGAGUUUGACUUUGUCUUCUGAAAUCUGUCAGUUAUUGGAAGUGAGACUCUUGCAAGAUGCAUUCUGGCUGUAAGCUUACUUUGUACACUUCAUCAUCAUCAUCACCAUCAUCAUCGUCAUCAUCAUCAUUCUUAUCAACAUUGUAACCAGUGGCCCUUAGAAGCCACUGUUAGUGAAACUGGAAUCAUUUUCCUACCUUCCAAAUGUCCAUUUAUCUUGAAUAAUUUCUAUUUCUCAACCAACCUCCUCCCUAACACCACCACCUCCUAUUUUUACCCAAAUAUUCCUCCCAUUCCCCUCUCAGUAGUAGCUAAAUCUAUCUCUCCCCCCAAACCAUUUUACUUACUUUUAAAAUAUUUCUGUAACACUUCUUAUAGAAGUGUUACAGUAGGGUAAAUGUAAAGGAAAAAAAGAACUAGCUUGUAUGUUUCUUUGCAUUUAAAACCAUAUAUACAUACAUGUAUGUAUCUAUAUAAAUGUGUGUGUAUAUAUAUAUAUGUUAAUAUGUAUGUAUGUAUGUAUGUGUAUAUAUAUAUGCUUGUGUGUAUGUAUAUAUAUGUGUGUGUGUGUGUGUAUAUAUAUAUAUAUAUAUAUAUAUAUGUAUAUAUAUAGUAAGCAAUACCAUUAUUACAGUUUUAUGUGCAUGAUGAUAAUGAGUGUAUGUGCAUGUAUUACUAUAGUGUGAAGGCCUAAAAUGUCGGCUGGCAGGAUAACAAUGUAGUAAGUCAACUGUUGGGGAAUAAUAGAGAAGGUGAAAGAAGUUCUUGUCUGUGUUUAUUUCUAAUUGCCCUUCUUUUCCUUUAGGCUGACACCUAUCUGCUAUAAAUUAUUUUAUAACAUAAUAAUGAAUGGAGACUGCACCACUGUCUUCGGUGGUCUCAAGUACAGGGCUCAGAUAGACAGAUGACAGAGACUGCUGUUAAUGUGUUCUGUUAGGUUUCUGGAGGUUCUUGCUUACAACCGUAAUGUUUUAAUUUGGUAGAUGAUCUUUAUUUAAGUUCUUUAUAGAAAUUCAUUUAAGAAUUUUAUUUAUUUUAAAAUUUUUUACUGUAGGAUUAUUUUUUUAGGUAAACUGUGUAAUUCCAUAUUCAUUUCAUAUCUUCUAUUGCUGAAGAUUACUCAGAAUAUCUUUCAUUGAAAUCCUUGUUCUUGUAAUUCUUGAGGUUUUCUUCUUUUGAUCUGUUUUUGUUAAAGUUUGUCUUUUUUAUGCUAGUUUCACUUGUAUAUCAUUAGAAUUGUAUGUAUAUAUAUAUAUAUAUAUAUACAUACUAGUAAUGUUUAGAGAGCUUUUGACUAAAUAAUUUAAGUUGUAGUUAAUGGUAAUGGCUCUUAUUCUAGAAUUAAAGGUUAAAGCUACUUCUGUUUGGCAAGAUUGGUUCAUUUGUAAAUUUUGGUUUGAUUAAUUUACUAAGAAAGAUACUUAUGUUGCUCUUGUCCUUGAAAGAUGUCAGAUUGUGAGGCUUGAGAAACUUCUGUUCAGCUUUUACAAUCUAUUAUUAUUAUCAUCAAGGGCGGUGAGCUGGCUGAAUCGUUAGCACACUGGGUGAAAUGCUUCGUGGUAUUUCGUCUGUCGCUACAUUCUGAAAUCAACUUUGCCUUUCAUCCUUUCAGAGUUGAUAAAUUAAGUACCAGUGAAAUACUGGGGGUUGACAUAUUCGACUAUUUCCCUCCUCCUAAAUUUCAGGCCUUGUGCCAAUAGUAGAAAGGAUUAUUAUCAUUACCACCACCACCCUCUUCCAUCACCAUCUUCAUCUAAGUAUUUCAAAGAAUUUGGCAUCAGAUUUCUUUAAAUUACAUCAAAAUGUUUUAUUUUGUUGAUGCAAUACACAGUGAGUUAGAGUAAUGGUUUCUUUUAACGCUAUAAUUAAACUUGUUUUUCAUGGUGUUGCUUGUGGCCAAAUUCUCAGUUACGUAUUUAUAUAUUUCUUUAAAAAGUAUUUGUUACAUGAAACAAACACUAAAUUAUUAAUGAGUAAAGCUUUGUGUUUUCUGUUAUCAGUCAGUUAAGAUUUGAGAUAUUUAUGUUGACUCUUCACAAGUCUACAUCAAAAGCUGCCAUUUCAGUAAAACUAUAUUGUUGACAUUCUUUUAUGUUUAGUUGAUAAUGCAUGGCAAAAGUGGCCUUCUUACCAAAUCUCCAAAAAUGAAUAAAAAAAUAAUAAAUGGCCAGGAAAAUUCCAGUUGCUAAUUAAUAUACAGGUUGUGGUCAACAAAUUAGUUAUUUUAUGAAUGGAUUUUAAUAAAGAACACAUAUAUAUACUUAAAAUGCUGAAAUCUUUCAAAAUCUUUUUUUUUUUUCAGUUUACAACUAUUUAAAAAAUUUAGUAGGUAUCCUUUGUAACUUUUCUUAUCAAAUUUGUUUGAGGUUGUAAGAUGUGGUGAUCUAUUUCAAGUAUCUUAAAGAGAAAUUGAUUUAUUUUGUGUAUGGUUUUUCUCUUGAUUACCUUAAACCUCUUUGAAACUAAAGCCUAAAUUUAGCAGAUUUAAUCAAAGCUAAAUAAGGCUUUAUUGAUUACAUUUACAAAAUUAAAAAUAAUUAGGGAAGAGUAUGCAACAGUGUAGGUUAAUAUUUUGUUUAAAUUACUAAAGAUGUUCCUCUGUUCAUGGUUAUUUGGUCCUGUUCAGGGUUAGUUUCAGUUUUCUAAUACAGUUCUGCCAUCCUCUUCCAUUUUCCAUUGCAAACUAUUGUAUGCUCAAACCCCUCUAGACUAUCUUCUCCUCUCUAUGACCGCUAUAAAACUUCGAGAAAUGAAGUACAGGAAUUGUGUUAUUCUGUUCAUGGUUAUUUGGUCCUGUUCAGAGAUAGUUUCAGUUUUCUAAUGCAAUUCUGCCUUUCUCUUUCAUUUUCUAUUGAAAAACUAUUGUAUGCUCAAAUCUCUCUUAACUCUCUUCUCGUUUCUUUCUAUGACAUCAAUAAAAUUUUAAAAUGAAGCA